ACAGCGGGGUUUUGCAUUCUCCGUUCGCAAUCGCACGAGUGUAGACAGUUCGUGUAUACGCGGUUCACCGAAAUAUCUUCAUGUCAAAAUGACAAAAUUUUAUAAAGCUGAAAUUAAUCGAACCGAAUGGGAAGUUCCAGAACGAUAUCAGACCCUAACACCUGUUGGUUCAGGUGCCUAUGGACAGGUGUGUUCGGCGCUGGAUACAAAUUAUAACGUCAGAGUUGCCAUAAAAAAAUUGGCGCGACCGUUUCAGUCAGCUGUGCAUGCAAAGCGUACUUAUCGUGAGCUACGCUUGUUAAAGCACAUGAAUCAUGAAAAUGUAAUCGGUUUGUUGGAUGUAUUUCACCCGGGCAGCAAUACAAUCGACUCGUUUCAACAAGUGUACUUAUGUACACAUUUGAUGGGCGCCGAUUUGAACAACAUCAUUCGAACGCAACGUUUAUCCGAUGAUCAUGUACAAUUUUUGGUGUAUCAAAUACUUCGGGGUCUCAAAUAUAUACACAGUGCUGGUAUUAUACAUCGAGAUCUAAAACCUUCAAACAUUGCCGUUAAUGAGGAUUGCGAAUUGAAAAUCUUAGAUUUUGGUUUGGCUCGUCCGACGGAAAAUGAAAUGACCGGCUAUGUGGCGACGAGAUGGUAUCGUGCACCCGAAAUAAUGCUCAACUGGAUGCAUUACACGCAAACAGUAGAUAUUUGGUCGGUGGGCUGCAUUAUGGCUGAAUUACUUACGGGGCGUACACUAUUCCCAGGAACUGAUCAUAUACAACAACUCAACUUGAUCAUGGAUGUUAUUGGAACACCGCCCGACGAUUUCAUGUCAAAAAUAUCAUCAGAAAGCGCGCGAAACUACAUAAAAUCACUUCCGCCAACGAAGAAAAAGGAUUUUACAACAGUGUUCCGUGGAGCCAAUCCACUUGCCAUAGAUUUAUUAGAGAAAAUGCUUGAAUUAGAUGCCGACAAACGAAUCACUGCCGAACAGGCUCUGGCUCAUCCGUAUUUGGAAAAGUAUGCCGAUCCAAAUGAUGAGCCCACAUCACCGUUGUACGAUCAAAGUUUCGAAGACAUGGAUUUGCCCGUGGAAAAAUGGAAAGAAUUGGUUUUCAAAGAAGUGAUUAGUUUUAUGCCCCAGCAAACCCCUUACACGGCGCCAGAGUGUCAAUAAUAAUAAUAAUUCAAAUGAAAUUGUAAUAUGAAUGAAGAGAAAAGAGGAAACAGAAAAAAAAAAUUAAAAUAAAAUAAGUGUUUUUAUUUUGGCA